AUGAAGUUGAUAUCGCUACUUAUUGGAAUAGUUUCAUUUAUAUCGGUUGUGUCAGCAUUAGCCAACCAGGAUGACGGUGGGGGCGAUACCACCACCGCUAAGACCACCUCAGCCACCACUGUGUGGAUCACGAUAACUACCAACGGUGCACUUGCUACUGUGAAGUCGACCUAUCACCAAUCUUUUGUUGAAACAUAUACUUCUGCUACGUCUAGUGCAGCAGCAGGCACUAUUGGAAUGGGAUCUAUAUCAGGCAGUGUCGGGGGCGUAAGGACAUAUGCACACACAACUGUAUCUGGAGGAGCAGGAGACAUACAGGGAAGCAUUUAUGGUAGGGUUGUAGGAAUGUUAGUUUUAUUACUUGGAUAUUUGAUCUAG